GUCCACCCUAGCCCAUGUGCUGCCCAGCGAUAGCCCCGUCUAUCGGAUCCACUGUCAUCUCUAGCAGCUCAGCACGAGUAAAGGCUCAGGUCAGCCCGCAUCUCGGCUGCCAAUUAAGGAUAUAAAGCCCUCCCCGGACGGUGACGACAACGGCGCUUGCAUAAUGAAAAUCUGGACAUCGGAGCACAUAUUCAACCACCCGUGGGAGACGGUCACGCAGGCGGCGUGGCGCAAGUACCCCAAUCCGAUGACGCCCUCCAUCAUUGGCACGGACGUGGUCGAGCGCCGUGUGGUGGACGGCGUCCUGCACACGCACCGCCUGGUGCAGUCCAAGUGGUACUUCCCCAAGUGGACGCACGCGCUGAUCGGCACGGCCAAGACUUGUUUCGCCAGCGAACGCUCCACGGUAGACCCGGAGCGCAAACAGAUGGUACUGAAGACAAACAACCUUACCUUCUGCCGCAACAUCAGCGUGGACGAGGUGCUCUACUAUGAGCCGCAUCCGUCGGAUGCCAGCAAGACGCUGCUCAAGCAGGAGGCCACCGUGACCGUCUUCGGUGUGCCGCUGUCCCACUACAUGGAGGACCUGCUCACCUCGACCAUUAGCACAAAUGCCGGCAAGGGACGCCAGGGCCUGGAGUGGGUGAUCGGUCUGAUCAACACGGAGGUCAAGGGCAUCGCCCGCGGCACCGACGAACUUCUGCACAACACACGGCGCUCCAUCGACGAGGUGACGGAGAGCGCGCGGAAGAGCAUGGACGAGAUCAGCGCGCAGGCCGCCAAGGCGGCGAAGGCGAUGCACAUUACGUAGGUGGCGACAAGGCGACAGUGCAAGGUCGCGCGAGGGCUGUUCAGUAGUGAAUUAUUUAGAUGGCGAGCGGUCGUCGUUUUAGUACAACUAAUUAAUCGAUGGCACGAUGGACAUGGACAGCAACAUGUGGGAUAGCAACACUUCCCUCUAUUCUCAAGCCAUUCAAUGCAUAUAUUUUAUAAUUAUUACUCCCCUUCGAACGAAUCGACUGCUAAUGAGUCAUGUCGAUUAGAAGCGCCCCCGAAUGGCUGAACUGGAAGGAACUCACCCUAAUGCUGGCCCCCAUUCAUGCAGAUCAAUACAUAUAUACCUAAAGUACAUAGUCAAUGUAAGCUUUGUAAGCCGCCGCAGAUUUCGAAGAACGAGAGGAGCAAUUAAACGACAUAUUUGCCUACGACCAGCCAGUGUCAAGUUCAAUAGUUUAAUUUUAAUUCGCAGCACACUUGUACAGCGUCUUUUUUUUUGCAUUCGCAUGACGUUCGCAUGUGCAACUGCAACGAUUUCAAGCAUUCUGUGUAUAAAUAAAACCCAAGAAAGCCGA